UCCCUACUUCUCUGCUGCGCCUGCGCGCUCCUUCUGUUCGCGGCCUCUUUCGAACGCGCUGACGCUGCCUUGCUAUCGUUCUUUUGGUACUGCGAACUACUCACUUUCGGUUCUUUUGCCUGUUCGAUAAAAAGGCACUCGUUGCACCAAGAUGCCUGGUACGCAAUGUUGUGUUUGGCUCUGCUCAAGCAACCACAUGAGGACGCGCGAGGAAAGCAACGACGUCUCGUACCACAACGUACCGAAGUGUAAAAAGCGGAGACUAGAAUGGUCUCGGUCGCUAGGCAUGGACUUGCAGUUGGGCCAUCGUGUGUGUUCAAAACACUUCACGAUAGGUUCUUAUGAGGAGUUUCUGCCUGGCUCACAACGUCGACGUUUGAAAAAGUCAGCAUUGCCGAAGAUGGAAACAGAAGCACCGUCGGGAAACGCCGAAGUUAGCGAGGGUGCAAGCUCUGCGAAUGGAUCGCUAACCAUGCCUGAAUUGUUUGUGAGUGCGCUUUCCGCAAUGGAAGACGUCGGAUCUAUUGAAACCCUCCACUCUGGACAUUGCAUGGCUGCAGAUGAUAACCUGGUCCAACCUGUGCCUGUAGACUCUGUGACUCCUGCAGACCAUGCAUACGCACAGUCUCAUCCCAAAAAGACCAAAUCAUCCUAUGCUCAAGUAAGCCUUCGUGCCGAGUCCUGUAGCAUUGGGGUUCAGACAAACCCCAUGGACAUCCUGUGCACAAAAUGCGGUGGAGGAUCAAGUCAUAGUACCGAACACCUGUCAAUGCCAUCACCUGUGACGGUAUCCACCCCAAAGUUUAGAAGAGUGUGUGGAGCCGAGGAAGAACAAAAUGACACGAUAUCUACAGUUCAAGAUGACAGGCAUGAUGAUACCUACUCUCCAUCUCUCAACGACAGCUUUGCAGAAGGUGCAGGAGAAACAAAGACGUCUGUAUGUGAUGAACAGAAGUUUAUCGUGUUUGAGAGCUGCCUUCGGCAGCUGUUCCAACGGUGCAGACAGUGUGACACAUCCUGCAGAAUCAAACUAACUGUACGGGGUACCCUGGUUGAUGUAUCUGCUGAGUGCUUACUUGGCCACAUUACAACAUGGAGGAGUCAGCCACAUAUAAAUGGAUUUGCAGCAGGGAACAUUUUACUUGCCGGUGCAAUCCUCUUCAAUGGAGCAGCUCCCACAAAGGUCCUGCGCCUCUUGACCUCCAUAAACGUUCGCGUUAUUUCAGCGGUGUCCUACAAUGCCUAUCAGCGGGGAUUAUUUCUCCCAGUUAUAGCAAAGGUAUGGAACACCGAAAGCCAGAACACCCUAGCACAACUAGGUGACGUCAAUGUUCUGGGAGACGGGCGCUGCGAUUCUCCAGGGCAUUCAGCGAAAUACCUGACAUACACAUUUAUGGACGCAGCCACCUCAAAGGUUCUUCACUUUGUUCAGGUCCAGGUUGGAGAGGCUCCCGAAGUGAAAUCCAGCUCCCAAAUGGAGAAGUAUGGCUUCAUCCGUGCGCUUGAAGGCCUGAAAGAUGCUGAGGUGUCUAUUGCAUCAGUGAUAACGGACAGGCAUCCAGCAAUAAGGAAAUACAUGAGGGAAAAGGAGCCAGACAUGCAACACACUGUUGACACGUGGCACGUUGUAAAAGGACUGCAGAAAAAACUGGAAGCUGCAUGCCGAAGUCAAGGUUGCAGUGACCUGAAGCCAUGGGUAACAUCCAUCUGUUACCAUUUGUAUUGGAGCAAUGCAGUGUCUCAGGGCAACAGCGAACUCCGGCUCAGCAUUUGGAGAAGUGCGUCCCGUCACGUGCUCAACAUGCAUGCUGACCAUGAUGGGCCGUAUUCCAGAUGCCUCCAUGAUAAUAUUCGGGGGAACAAGUGGCUUCGAGCAGAUUCAGCUGCCUAUAGAAAGCUGCUGAAAAUUAUCAUGGACCCAAGGCUUCUACGUGACAUUGGGCAGCUGUCAUCAGUUGGACAGACGUCCUCCCUGGAGUCGUACCAUGCUGUAAUUGUAAAGUUUGCCCCCAAAUCAACAGCUUACACACCUAACGUUAUGAAGGCCAGGACGCAGCUUGCAGCAUUGCACUUCAAUGAAAAUGCAGGCCGUGAGCAUGCUCGCAGAUCCGACGGCCAGUUCAUGUUCAGGCGGAAGCUGCAGAAGGCAAAGAAAGGGGCUGAGGUGGUAGCACCAGUAAAAACGAAAGCUACACAUGAGUACGUUAAGAAACUGCUCGAAGAGGCCACCCAGGCAUGUGAAGAGCGAAGCUUCAGGAGUCUGUUGAGGACAAGUUUAUCUCCAGAGCCACCAACAAUGACUUCUGCUUAUGCAAGGGAGCCCAAGGACAUUCUCAUAGCCCGCAGGAUGCUUCGAUUUCAUGACACGACAGUGGUGCAGUGACUUAUGCACGUGGCGGAGGUGGAAAAUGGGAUGAAUGGGAAAUGGCAAUAACGGUACUUGCGCUGAAGUGGGUAUGGUGAAUGGGGUUAAAGGGACCAUCUCAUCCUCAGAGGUGUCUGUGAGCCAGAUCAGUAAUUUUCAACAUGGUCUCGCAGUUGAGUUGGCCAAGUUUCUGUUCCGAAGACAGCUUACUUAUUGAAUUAAUAAGUUUUAUACAGACACGCUCACUCUGCAGCAAAGCCAGAAUGACGUAAGCCAGGCACACAAAUGGGAGUGCAGUGCAGGGGAUUGUCUCCCAGCUUGUUUGCUUCGAGUUCGCUCUGAAAUGUACUAAGUGAAGAGUUCUUGUGAAGAAGCAUCACUCAUGCAUUUGUUAAUAGUUGCCUGUCUUGGAAGUUUGCUGCAGUAAUGCAACAAAGGCUGCCUUCUGAUUGUGCAUGUGCAUCAUUUAAUAGCUGGUGUCACAUUCACUUAGCCCCCUUAAUGUUCAUGAUGUCGGCAGAAUCCUGGGGACUACCUGUUAUCGUUGCUCAGUGAUCAAUCCUGCUUGGUGCAUUACGGUGGGCUUUUGCUCCAGAUGUUGCCGGCAUUUGAUGCUUUGACUCAACAUGGAGCUGUUGCUUGAAAGGCAUAUUGCGAAUUUUCAUUGUCAUUGGGUCCUCUUUUGUCAUUCGUGUGUUCAAGUGAUUCCUGGAUGAUUUCAGCCUUGAUGAAUCCUUGAGGUUUGUGUAGUGUUCAGGGAUGUGUUCGAAAUUCUGUCAGAACACCCCGGAAAUCUGUUGGUGCACACUUGAGCAGUCAUCACCAUCUCCAGUCACACGUCGGAGUAGUCCACUUCGCUUUCCUUCUCGUCCAAGUCUAUAAUUGUAGACAUUGUCUGUCAAGAUCUCACUGUACCCCGGUAUUAUAAGUUAACAGUGUGAGCUUCAGC